AUUCAUUGACGCAACUUUUCCCUCAUGUCUUCUUAGAAACCUCUGAUAUGUGCAAUGCGAUCAAAAUUCUGAAGCUAUCUACGUGAUGUCGUCAUCGCUGAAGCGUUCGCAGCAAGUGUCUUCGGAACCUGGUGAUACCGAUGAAGACGGUAGGGGUUCGGUCGCUAACGCCUCUCAUUCUCGAAAGCGACGCAGGUCAGGUUCCCGGAGCAGCGUGGACGACACCGGAACCAGCAACGACGAAUCCGAGCAGAGACCGCCCUCGAUAGCCGAAUCUCUCGACGAUAAUGAAGACGCUCUGGAGUUAAGGGCGACGCAGGGGAUCCAGGAGAAAUACUCGUUUGCAAGCGAUGAGCCAAAUGUUCCCGCCGAGCAUGGAAUCCUUGAGCGCGUCGAAUGUUACAAUUUCAUGUGCCAUGACCACUUCUGCGUCGAACUUGGGCCGUUGAUCAACUUCAUUGUGGGCAAGAAUGGCAGCGGAAAGAGCGCGGUACUCACCGGAAUAACUCUCUGCUUGGGAGGUAAGGCAUCUGCCACCAAUCGUGGACAAAGUCUUAAAAGCUUCAUCAAGGAGGGCCGGGAGAGCGCUACUAUCGUUGUCCGCAUCAAGAAUAGAGGAGAAGGGGCAUAUUUGCCGGAUGAUUACGGGAAUUCAAUCAUCAUAGAGCGCAACUUCACAAAAAGCGGUGCAAGUGGUUUCAAAAUAAAGGCGGAAAAUGGCCGCAUUGUUUCAACCAAGAAGGCUGAGCUGGACUCCAUCAUUGAUUUUUUUACAUUGCAAUUCGACAACCCUAUGAACGUCCUUUCACAGGACAUGGCUCGACAAUUCCUCAGCUCGUCAAGUCCUGCCGAAAAGUACAAAUUCUUCGUGAAGGGAGUCCAGCUAGAACAACUAGACCAAGACUACCGGCUCAUUGAGGAAUCUGCCGACCAGAUUCUGGAGAAACUCAGGAACAGGGAGCAGGACAUAGGUGUUUUAGAGCGACGCAGAGAUGACGCCCGGCACAGACUGGACGUGUCUGAUCAGCAUGAGUCCUUGAGGGGUCGAGUUAGAGAGGUUCGUAAUCAAAUGGCUUGGGCUCAGGUCGAGGAGCAAGAGAGGGCAAGGGACGCCUUUGACCACGAACUUGCAAAUAUCGACGCCAAAAUUUCUACUGAUGAAGCUGGACUCGAACAGUAUGAUGUCGAAAUUCAGGAUGCAGCAGGGGAAAAUGAAACUGCAGCAGAAUAUGUUCGACAAGCCACUUCAGCGGUCGAGCGGGCCGAAAGUGAAAAGGAAGAAAUCAAGACAAAAUGGAAUGAGCAAAUGAGUGGGCGUCAUGAUUUGCAGGCCGAGCAACGUCAAAUAAGAGAUUAUCUCAAGGCAGCGGAAACACGGCUUAGUGAAGCGCAAGAGAAGAUCGACCAGGAAAACCAGCGGCUAGCUGAUAUCAGUGGUGGCAGUGUCACACAGAAGCAGGAAGAGCUUGAACAAGCCAAAGCAGAAAUGCUUGAAGCCCGUACACGGUCGGAAGAGCAUCAGCUUGAUACGGAUCGUCUAUCGCGUGAAGUAGCAGAUGCUGAAGCGGGCGUCAAAUCCGCUACCAUUCCAGUCAAUAAAGCUAAAGCCGACGUUGAGCAGGCGGAAACCGUCCUUCGCAAUCUGAAUAAAGAAGGUGGAGCCCAAAGGUCAGGAUAUCAUGAAAAGAUGCCAGCGCUCCUUCGAGCGCUUCAACAAGAAAGGUCAUUUACAGUGUCACCUGUGGGCCCCAUUGGGAAUCACAUAACCCUGCUGAAGCCUGAAUGGUCAUCUAUCCUCGAGAAUUCACUUGGAGGGACCUUGAACAGUUUCAUUGUCACCUCCAAGAGAGACAUGAAUAUUUUGUCAAAUGUCAUGCAAAGGGUUAAUUGUGUGUGUCCCAUCUUCAUCGGAAGCAAUGGUCACAUUGAUACAUCGGAGCAUGAACCUGACGCUCAGUUCAAUACAACGUUGCGUGUCCUGCAGAUCGACAAUGAUCUGGUCCGUCGACAACUUAUCAUCAAUCAUGGUAUCGAGCAAAUGCUACUUAUUGAGAACUUGGAGGAAGCAACAUCAGUUCUCUUUGAUGGGCCGCGCCCGAGAAAUGUGAAGCGGUGCUAUUGCAUUGAUCAAACAGACCGAAGAAGAGGCAUCCAUCUGUCAUACAGCCGGUCAGGUGAACCAAGUCAAGCACCUGUUUCUGUUUAUACCGGAAGCCCACGGAUGAAAUCCGAUCUGGCUGAUCAAAUCAGGGUCCAACGUGAUGUAGUUGCGGACCUUCGACGCAUGGUUGGCAAUCUAGAGCAGCAGCUCCGUUCCGCCCGGUCUCGUCUAGAAACUUGCAAACAGCAAAAAGUGAGGCACGAAAGAGAGUCGAGUUCACUGCGAGACGCGAUGCAGCGAAAAGAGGACCAUGUCGACGCACUGACCGAAGCGUUUGACAAAGAUAAUGUCGAGGAUGGGCAAAUGGAUUUGCUGCGAACGACUCUAAAGGAAGCUGAAGAAGAAAAGCAGCUGAAUGAAAAUUCAUUGAAAGAUAGUGCUGACGCUAUGGAUGAUAUGAUGAAGAAAUUGAAAGCGAUAAAGCAGGAACUUGCCGCUAAAGAUGCCAACAUCGCUGCAUUGCAGGAAGAACUUCGUGUUGCUCAGAGUGAAGAACUGAUGGUUUCUGAUAAGCGCCGAAAGAUUUUCAGUCAGAAAAAUCAGGCGAUCGAACAACUUCGGAGCCUCAAGGAACACAGGGACAAGUUAUCACGCGAGAAAGAGGAGACUUCUGCGCGUAUUGUCGAGUUUAUCGAGAAGGCCAGUUUGGUUUCACCAAGGGUCCCGAUCGAUGAGGGUGAAACCGCUGCCAGUCUAGACAAGAAGCUCGAGCGGCUUCAUAAAGAUAUCGAGCGUUGCAAUCAGCAAUUGGGAGCUUCGCGAGAGGCAAUUGCUGCCGACGCCACAGAGGCGGCCACUGCUUACGAACGUGCAUUGAAACAAGUAGAAGAAUUCAGGUUGCUUGCUGAUGUCCUCAAGGCCACUCUGGAACAUCGGCAAAAACGCUGGAAAAUCUUUAGAUCGCACAUCUCAUCUCGCGCGAAGGCUCAGUUUACGUACCUUUUGAGCGAAAGAAGCUUCCGGGGUCGUCUUCUGACUGACCAUGAGGGUAAACUUCUUGACCUUCAGGUGGAGCCUGAUAUAACGAAAGACAACAGUACUGGGCGUGGCGCAAGAACGCUGUCCGGCGGCGAAAAGUCAUUCUCACAAGUUUGCCUUCUAUUGGCCCUUUGGGAAGCCAUGGGUUCUCCAAUACGCUGCUUAGACGAGUUUGACGUUUACAUGGAUCACAUUAACAGAAAAAUGGCUAUCGAUAUGCUCAUGCUCGCGGCCCGGCGCUCGAUUGGACGGCAAUUCAUACUCAUCACACCAGGAUCGAGGAGUGAGAUCAGUUUAGCCCCUGAUGUUCGAGUGAAAGAAUUGGCAGAACCGGAACGAGGACAGACAAGGUUGGCAUUUUAGACAUAAACGAUCAAUGGCAUCUCGCCAUUCUUUGUUCAUUGGGCAUUGUCAAAGCGCGAUGCCUUUUUAGUGUGAGCAACUGCUUUUGUAAUUUAGCGUACCACUUCGAUGAGCGAGACUCCUACUCUGGGAGUCAUGUUUGGAAACCCACAUAGGACCAAACAAGCCGGAGGAACCAUAUCCGAUACAAUAGAAUCAAAAAAUGGUAAAACAGACCCAAUAAUAAUAUCAUCAGAAUCCCAAG